GACACAGCCAAGGCUAACCAGCAACGCAUAACUUACGCACCUCAGCUCUCCAGCUGUCUCAGAGCCUUAAAACCUUGCAACUGUGCCAAACACUGCGCGAACAAGGCCGACAAUGCCGACUUCCGUCGCGCCGCUCAGCGAGGAGCUUACCGUGAAGAUUGAGCACGGCGGCGUCGAGGACGUCGCUGCCUGCAGCGACCAGGACAUCGCCGACGUCGAGAUGGCGCGCUACAAGGCGCUGGACGCGCGGGCGAAAGGCGUGCCUGUGACCAACAAGACCAUCGCGAUGCUGGCGAAGGACUCCCAAGCGCUGGCUGCCAAUGCCGGACCCCAGAACUGGGGACUUACCGAGAUGAGCGCGAUGAUGGAUGAGAAGCUUGGCGGGCUGAAGACGGAGAUGAGCGCGAUGAUGGGUGAGAAGAUUGGCGGGCUGAAGACGGAGAUGAGCCAGGAGAUGAGCGCGAUGAUGGGUGAGAAGAUUGGCGGGCUGAAGACGGAGAUGAGCCAGGAGAUGAGCGUGAUGAUGGAUGAGAAGAUUAGCGGGCUGAAGACAUAUAUUAACACUAAAUUUGACGAGAUGGUGGAAGCGUCCAAUUACGCGGUUUACAACGAGGCGGCUCGCCGCAGCAACGCGGCCGCCCCAUCCGACGCGCCGCUGGUCAAGCUCAAGAAGGAGCGCGGCAGCGGCGCUGGCACAGUGCCGGCCUGCCCGCCCUUCCCCGUGCGCAAGGCGGACCUGCUGCACAGUAUCACACCGGCCCACAUCAACGAGCUGGAGCGGUUUUACGACGUGAAGUUUGAGGCCAUGGCGGCGCCGGAGCCGGCGGUCGGAGGCCCGGCGGCGAGUACGCGCUCCACCAAUCAGCCGCAGCGGCGCCAGCAGCUGGCCACGUUUCUGGGUGUGCCAUAACUCUGCUCGAGGGAGUGGGCAGAGCGCCAAGUGCUACUGCCAAUCAAGGUCGGUCCACUGGCGACGAGCCCACGUAGGCCGUAGCAGAGAGCCGCUGCUGGGUGGAGCUGUCUACACGGCAUUUUACCAGCUGCAAGGCAGUGCGGUGCAAUGCAGCCGCCUGGUAGACAGCAGCAGCAGCCGAAGGAACGCAUCCAGCAGCGAUGGCGACACGCACGGGCAGCGGUGGUUACCAUUUUCAAUCGACCGACGGGGGCGGGAGUCGCAGGAGUAGAUAGAGGACGACGCAGUGCAGUGCACGGGCGCGCCGCAAACCCUGAGUGGAGCUUCAUAUGUGUGGUUGUGGGCGUUUGAGGCGUCACCUGCCAGCGCGGUGGUGUGGUGUGUGGUGUGCCACCACAUGGGCGCGGCCAGUCUUCCUAGCUGACUGAGCUGCCGGAGGGAGGGAGGGCAAGGCGCUGCAAUACGCGGGAUACCAGGAGCCGUCACCUGCACACGCGCGCCCUGACCUUGACGCACCCAGCACUCAUGACAAUACAGGGGGUUGAUCGGCUGCUACAUAAGCCCAUGCAUAUUGAGACACAGUACUUUGGCACACAGACAUGUAGGGACCGAGCGAGGACCGGAGGAGCAUGUGGGCUGUGUGUGGAUGCGUGCAGGCUGGGGCGGGGCCGUGUAGGCCGUGGGCCCGCAUCUAUCUACAAUGAAUGUUGCUGUGUGUAGACAUGUGUGUGGGCGCGACGGCCUCUCAGCGGCUGGUAUAGCACUGUAGCUGUGAGUAGUUAAGGAGGGCGGUGCUGGAGCUGGGGUUGCCAGCUGGGAUUGGGUGCGCCACCGUGCGCCAUGCGUGCGGGACUGGCCGCGCAGCAGCUUGAUGUGUGCGUGGCGCCGUGGCGCGACACGUUGGGCGCGCGAUGACCUUCAAUCAGUCAUCAACACCGCCCGCUGCUGUAACAGCACGAUGAC